GGCGAGGUGUCCACGGAGAUCGUCGGCGAGGCUAUCUUCGGCGACCUGGUUGUCUUCUGCUUCCUGGUGCUGGAUCCCUCCAGUUUCGGAGGCGGUUCAUCGUUCCCCCUCCGGCGCCGGUUGCGCCAGGGAUCCACCGAUUGGUUCAUGACACCGCGCGCCUGCGCCUGGGACAGGAGCAGCAACUGCGGCUUGACGGCCAGUACGACCACGCAGCACCAGACGAUACAUAUCUUACAAAUUCGUAUCCUGCAGGUGGUCCCCCCUGGAAGCGCGUGCGACACGCUGCACGUGGAUGCUUACACCUGGGUGGAGUGUUUCUUCAUCCGGGACGGCUACUUCUUGACCUGGGCAGCGUUCUUCUUCAUCCAGGCCAGUUUAUUUUGCGACAUCUUCGGCAUUUUGUGCGUGCGUGUUCUCACCUGGGUGACGUUCUUGUUCAUCCAGGUCGGCUUCUUCUUUCUCUGGGUGGUGCGCUCUUUCAUCCAGGUCGAGCGCUUUGGCGGCGCCUUCGACAUGUCCCAUACGCUGAUCCCCACGCUGAGCCACGGCCGGAUGUUCGACAAUCUGGUCCGCUGGGCUCCCAGCUCCGCGGCGGAGGCGGCAGCCCACAGCCACGCCCUCGUCCCCAGCACGGUGGAGGCGUCGGCUCGGCCCCCAGAAUCGUGCCCGCAAGCAG